GGAGGAGGAAGCACUGCAGCAGACAUGCCGGGCCCGCUCUUCUUCAUCAUCACACUGACCGCUCUUCUGUCCGGCGGCGAUGCCUUCAGGUUGGGUUCGUCCCAGCGGGUCGUACCCAUCAGUCCUCCGGUGGACCGGCUCUUCCAGGACGAAGGCCCCGCCCAGCCUCACUUCAUCCAGGAAAUAGUCCGAACCAAACGCCACUCGGUCCAGGAGUUGGUGCGAGCCCAGCCUCAUCUGGUUCACGACAUGGGCCGUCCAGAGAUACAUGAAACGUCUCCUCAGGCCAAGAUGGACGCCACCAACUCCUCCCAGCUCCGGCCGGCGCCGCCUGCUGAUCAGGAAGUAGCCAGGACCCGGCCCGCUGUGGAGGAGAACCUCGGCGUGGAGGACGAGAUGGAGCGUAUGGUUCAUCUGGUGGCUCCUCAGGAGGCAGGAAUCUACAGGGGAAGAGCGGACUCCUCCGACCCAGAGAAGGAGCUCCUCGCUGGGCCAGGAGCUGGAGACGCCUCCCUGGAGGCCUCGUGCUUCUUCGGAACGGACAUGGAGGACAGAGACAGAGGAGAGGAGGGGGGAGAGGACAGGGGAGAGGAGAGGAGAGGAGGAGAGGACGAGUGGGAGAGAGACACGGGGGAGGACAGAGAGAGGAGAGGAGGAGGAGAGGAAGGAGAGGACAGAGAGAGGGGAGGAGGAACAGACGAUGCCACCCACACAAGCCCCGGUCUGGAUGCUCUGAUUGGCUACAGUCCGUCUCUCCGACCCUCCGGCUCCACUUUCCCCCCAGCUGAGGUGCAGGAUUCUGGGCUACAGGAGCACCGUGCAUCCCCGGUCCUGGAGGCGGGUCCUUUAGAGAGAGACCUGUGGGAGGCAGAGGGGGAGGAAGACAUUCACUCUAGUGGCUACGGAGGCUUCCACUCCUCCAUCACUGCAGCUAGUACUACUUCUACUACGUCUUCUACUACGUCUUCUACUGCUGGAGGAGGAGACGCUGCAGGAACUACCACCCCCGAGACCGACACAGGAACAGACUUUGGGCUGCUGGGAAGUUACUCUAAAGACGGGACAGAGGAUGAGGAGACGGAGAGGGACGAGGAAGAGGAGGAAGACACGGGUCUGGUACACAAAGGCCUAUUUACCCAGAAUCCCACUGUGGCAGAGGUCGGUGUGGCUCCCAGCAGAGAGCCUCUGCAGCCCAGCGUGGAGGAGGAGGAGCUGGAAGAACACAAGUUCAAAGGGGUUAGACUGCAUGACAGUGAGGAGGUGGAGGAGGAGAAGUGGAGAAAGGUGGAGCAGGAAGAGGAGGGAACAAGAAUCAGACACAUGGUCCCGCUCACCACAGACCCCUCCCCCACCGUCGGCCUCACCAACCCGUCCUGGGAUUGGCUGGAGAAGACCACGCCCCUUCAGACCCCGAGGUCAGAGGUCAGGGGAGGAGGGGUCGCAGAGGUCCAUAACUUUUAUGAGAUGGAGGAGGCGCAGCAGGUGACAUGUGUCGACUGGAGCGAGCUGACUGGACGAGGAUACGUCAUCCUCAACAUGACGGACAACCUGAGCUGUGAGGAGUUUCGUGUGGACCAGGGCGCUCGGUUGUUGAAGGUCAUGGAGCGAGUAUUUGCUCGAAGAAUGAACAGCCCCGAAGGAUCAUGGGUAAUCUACCUCAGCAAGCCCACACACCAACAACACCAGCUGCUGAUGAACGUGGCGUCAGAGCUCGGAGUCAUCGCCACCAAGGAGGUGCUGAGCAUGCUGGGAGAGAUCCGGAAGAAGCUGAUUCAGCUGGGUAUCCAGGACUACAGCUCCGGCAGCAGCUGUCAGUCUCGUCCCAGUCAGACCCGCAGUGACUACGGGAAGCUGUUUGUAGUUCUGGUGAUCAUCGGCUCCGUCUGCACCGUCAUCAUCACAUCUGGAGUCGUCUACAUCUGCUGGCAGAGACGUCUGCCCGCCACCAAGACCACGUUCCGCGCUGAGGAGCUUCACUUCGUGGAGAACAGUUGCCACGACAACCCCACGCUGGACGUGACCAAUGACACCCAGCCUGAGAUGAGGGAGAAGAAGCCGAGCACCAAUGGGCUGUCGGGGGGGGGAGAAGGAGGCGGGGAGAAGAGCAGCCGCUGGCAGGUGUUUGUCAAUCAAGCAGCGACUGAGGAGGAAGAGGAGGAGCAGGACACACAUCUCUGAUGGAGGAGGAGGAAGAGGAGACGAAGGUCUUUGGUAGACUGAUGAGAAGAGGAGCCUAGAGAGAAGAAGAAGAAGAA